UGGUGCCCGGCAGGCAGGCAGGCAAGGUGGGUUGAGUUGGCAGGCAUUGACUUAUACCAUACCUAAGGACACUUGUUUGGGUACAUGACGAGUACAUGAUCGGUACUUUGUGGUUGUGCCCAAAGGUACACGUCGUUGUUGCUUGCCUCUUGGGCUCUCCGGCCUGCCUGCUUGCUUGCUUCUUCGCUUUCUCGCUAGCGAAAACAACAGGGAAGGCGUGCCCGGCUGGAGAUCAUGCAUCUCACACCGCUGCUGGCGGGCUGGCUGGCGGGCUGGCUGUUGGCCACUAUGUUGUGUCAUGUCCCGGGGCGCCGGACUACAUGCUAGCCAAGCAGUGGCACCAUUGCUCUAGCCUUUUCAUUCGCCCUUUUCAUUGUUCUCCAGCUCUCUUGUUCUCUGUCGAGCACGCUGCCCCCCACGCUUGUCGUACAAGUUACAAGUUCCAACCAACCCAAAGCAAGAGAAACGCUCAGCUGAUCAGAGCUAAAGACGCCCGCGCUCCACAACAAAAACUCCAGAACCAACAACAACACGGACGAUCCCUGCUCUCGCUCGCCUCGUCUUGCCCCAUGAGGCUACCGAGUGAGAAGGCCCCAUUCGAAAAAUUGGAGCAGAUGGAGCAUCUGUAGCUGUGAUGGAGACAAGGACCAAAAAAGAAAAGAAAAGUCGGGAUGGGAACCUUUUGUUGGCGCUAGCCGGAAUCGAACCGGCGUUUUCACGGCAAUGUAUUUGCGUGACAGUGUAUUUAUAGUGUUAACUGUACUUGGGAUG